AUGCUGCUGUUACCCACCGAAGACAUAAUCUAUCUCGCAUCGGAACGCUUCACGCCCAAACCUCUGAUCGCGGAUAUCAUCCGGACGCGCUACUGCAUUCCGGGGUCCAUUUUCCUGGUUGAAGCGGUCGAUGUUUUCGAAGCCUCAAAGAUAAAGAGACGGCGCGGUGUACGGCUAUUGCUAGGAGACGGCGAACUGUGCAUUCAGGCCCUGCUCGGAGGUGAGAUGCACAGAUAUGUCGAUCGUGGCGACGUUACCAUUGGAUCUUAUGUGAAGCUGGAGAGCUUCGAUCUGGCGCGCAUCGAGCGCGAAGACUCCGUUAAUGGGGAGGACAACAGUGCAAAAGAUGCUGGCACAUCCAGGAUCGUUUAUUUGAUAGUGGAAGAUUUGAUCCACGUCGGCUGGAAUAACAGGCUACUUGCUAUGCUUGAAGCCGCAAACCCAAAGCAUGAACCGACGAAGGCUAUAGAAUCAACAGACGAUGACCUUGAGAAGCCCGAGAAUCGAACUGAGCCAAGCGGAACAGCCAAAGAUCUUUCCUGUCCAGAUGCAGCCUUUCUGGAGGAAGUUGCAGAUGCAGAGGACGACUUCGAGGUCAUGAAUAUUCCCGAGCAGAAAAUGACCCAAAAGAGAGAAGAGAUCGCAGCACAGCAAGAGUCGCCGUCGGACUAUGCUGUCCCUCCGAACACCCAGCGCCUGCCGUGGUCUACUGUCGAUCCACGGAAGCCCCUCAAACUCACACCACUCCGCUCAAUACCCAAUUUGCCCUAUAAGCAGAACUGGUCAACCAACGUCUUGGCGGUCGUUGCAUCGAUAUCUGAACUUCAGCCCUCAACGCUGCCACCAGGCAAUCAACGAGUUGCUCGGCUGGCUGAUCCGUCCACACCAAAGCAGGUGCACUUGACCAUCUUUCUCGAUCCUUCCGAGUUCACACCGUCAGUUGGCAGCGUUGUUUUGUUGCUAGGGGUAAAAAACCAUAGAUUCGAUGGGGGAAGCCUGAAGAAGUACGCUAGUGAUUGGCCUGGCCAUGGUGGUAGAUGGUGGUUUGAGAACCCUACCCAAUUCACUUGGUGUGAUGUACGAGGAUUAACGGCAUGGUGGAGGCAUAUUCACCUCAAAUAA